AUGGCUUUACCUAAACCUGAUUUAGGUAAAAUUAAAAUAUUUGGUUGUCCCGUAUAUUCAUUGAUCCAUGAAGAGGAUAGGAAUGGAAAACUGUGUGAGCGUUCUAAGAGACUAUUUAUGGCAGGUUCCUGUGACAAUGGAUUCCAAAUAAGAGGAAAAUUGAAUUUGCUAGGCAUUCCUAGCAAAUUCAAUUUCCUCAUAUUCGAUGAAUCUAGGACAACCGAUUUGACAAAUGAAGGCCAAUUUACUAAUCCUGAUACUGUCCAAAUUCCUUGCGUUGACCACGAGACCAAAUCUGAAGUCUUUCAGUCUUCAGAUGUUGAGCAAGUUUUGCAGCCUAUGUUGGAGGAUGAAGAUUUGCCUAUUUUAGAGGAUGAAGAUUUUCAAUCAGACAAGAAUAUUGACACUGUUAAGAAGACCUCAAGAAUUAGAAAGCCUCCAAAGUAUUUGAAAGAUUUUGUAACCAAUUUUGCCUUUGAUGCAUUAGCUCUAUCUGCAUCAUCAGAUCUAGAUGUUCCCAAUAAUUAUACUGAUGCAGUUCAGGAUGCGGGUUGGAGACAAGCAAUUGACGAAGAAUUAAAGUCAUUGGAAGACAACGGUACUUGGGAAGUGGUGGAUAGUCCUAUAGAUGCCACAGUAAUCGAUAGUCGGUGGGUUUUCACUACAAAGAUCGUCGAUGGAGCAGUUAUGAAGAAAGCGAGGCUUGUUGCAAGGGGCUACCAACAACCCUCACUUGAGGAUGAGAACAUCUUUGCACCUGUUGCGCGUCUUACCACGCUGCGGGUCCUGCUGGCUGUUGCUGUUGAACGAGGUUUGCAUAUCCAUCAACUUGAUGUUAAAUCAGCUUUUUUAAAAAGUAAUUUGCCAGUGUCUGUGUUUAUGAAGCCUCCUGAGGGGCUUAAGUGUGAUGAUGGAAAAGUGUUAAAAUUAAUAAAAGCUUUAUAUGGUCUUAAACAAAGCCCAAAAGCAUGGAAUGAUUUUGUCAAUGAUAUAUUUAUAAAAAUCGGGUUUUCUAGAUCUCAAAAAGAUCCUUGUUUAUAUGUUAAGGGAUCAACAUUUAUUUUAGUAUGGGUUGAUGAUUUCCUUUUAGUAUCUGAGUCAUUAAAUGAUCUUCAAAGUAUUAAAUCUCAUUUAAUUGCUAUUAUUGAUGUUAGGGAUCUAACUUCAUCGGAAGAAUUGCAAUUCUUGUGUAUAAAAAUUCUUACGAAUGAAAAUGGAAGUACAUGCUUAGUCAAACCGCUCUUAUUCAGAAAAUUAUUUCGAGAUUUAAUAUGA